UCUUCUCUCCCUCAAACUCACUCUUCUUCCCGACACAUCAUACUCCGAUCUUCUUCGCUUAAUUCCAUAUCUGAAGUCAAAAUUUUCAUCAGGAACCUGGAAACGAUUUAGAUUCGAAAAAUCUGAACUCUGUAGGUGAUGUUUUAAGCAAGGAUACUCAGUUUAUGGAGACCGAACCGUUGUUGAAACCCUAAUUUCGUUGGUUUAGGGUUUUGUAGCACAGUUUUUUCGCAACACAGACUAAAAUCAAAUGAAGAAGAAACAAGAAGAGAGUUCGUUGGAGAAGCUGAGCACUUGGUAUGAAGAUGGAGAGCAAGAAGGUGGGGAGAGAAGUGAGAAGAGAAGGAUGAGUCUUAAAGCAUCGGACUUUGAGAGUUCUCGAAGCGGUGGGAGUAAAAGCAAAGAAGAUAACAAGUCUCUGGUUGAUGCAGAGCAUCAAGAUCGUGAUUCCAAGGGUUCUGAUAAGAGAGAGAGAGGCGGGAGAGAACGAACUCUUGGGUCUUCUUCUGAUUCGAGUAAAAGGAAGAGAUGGGAUGAAGCUGUUGUUCCUGUUAAUGAUGGUGAUUAUAAAAGUAGUAAGCUUUCUGAUUCUAGACAUGAUAGUAGUGGUGGAGAGAAAGGUUCUGUUAGUAAUGAACAUGGUGAGGGUAGGAGUCAUUCGAAGUCUGAUAGGAGUUUGAAGGCUAGUAGUAGAGAGGAUAAGAGUAAGAGUCGAGGUGUGAAAGAUGAUGAUAGGGGUAGUCCUCUCAAGAAAACGAGUGGUAAGGAUGGUUCUGAGACAGUGAGAGAAGUGGGUCGAUCUAACAGGUCUAAGACACCAGACAGAAGUGGGAAGCGUCAUCAAGAAUCUGAAAAUUUGGAUGCAGACUACGAAAAAGAGAAAUAUGGUCGGAAAGAUGAGAGAUCCAGAGGUAGGGAUGAUGGCUGGUCUGAUAGGGAUAGGGAUCAAGAAGGCUCAAAGGAUACUUGGAAGAGAAGACAUUCUAGUAUUAGUGAUAAAGAUCAGAAAGAUGGGGACUUGCUUUAUGAUCGUGGCAGGGAACGGGAGUUCCCAAGGCAAGGACGUGAAAGGAGUGAAGGCAAGAGGUCUCACGGUCGUUUGGGUGGCAGGAAAGAUGGAAACAUGGGUGAAGCAGUUAAAGCUUUGUCAAGUGGUGGCAUUUCAAAUGAGAAUUAUGAUGUAAUUGAGAUACAAACCAAGCCACUUGAUUAUGUCAGAGGAGAAUCAGGUCCCAACUUUGCUGGUACGACUGAAUCGGGUCAGCAGCCUCCUAAAAGGCCUACGAAUAAUGAUGAAGAGUGGGUUUACAACCAGGAAGGUAGUAGACAAAGAAGUGAGACUUUUGGGUUGGGAACUUAUGGGGAGGAUUCGAGAGAUGAAGCUGGUGAAGCCAGUUCUGAUUACUCAGGGGCAAAAGCAAGAAACAAGAGAGGUGCAACCCCUGGUCGAACUCAUUCUAUGCAAACCGCUAAUAGAGGUCCGCAGGCUCCACAAGGCAUGAGAGGGAACAGACCCUCAAGGGGUGGGAAAGGAAGACCUGCUGGUGGCAGAGAGAACCAACAAGGUGCCAUUACAAUGCCUAUCAUGGCGUCACCAUUUGCGAAUCUUGGAAUGCCACCACCCAGCCCUAUUCAUUCUCUUACUCCUGGUAUCUCGCCAAUUCCAGGCGGUCCUGUUACCCCUGUCUUCAUGCCUUCAUUUGCCCCGACUCUUGUCUGGCCUGGGGCCCGAGGAGUUGAUGGCAGUAUGUUACCUGUUCCUCCUGUUCUCUCGCCUCUUCCUCCUGGACCAUCAGGCCCAAGAUUUCCUUCAAUUGGCACUCCACCAAACCCGAAUAUGUUCUUUAAUCCACCAGGUUCUGACAGAGGAGGGCCACCUAACUUCUCUGGGCCUGCAUUUAAUGUUUCUGGACAAAUGGGACGUGGAAUGCCAUCUGAUAAAAAUUCAGGGGGUUGGGUUCCUCCUCGAGGUGGUGGACCUCCUCGUAAAGCUCCUUCUAGGGGAGAGAAAAAUGACUAUUCCCAGAACUUUGUGGAUAUUGGAAUGCGUCCCCAGAAUUUCAUCCGAGAGCUGGAGCUUACCAAUGUGGAAGACUACCCCAAGCUGAGAGAGCUCAUACAGAAGAAGGAUGAGAUUGUAUCUAACUCAGCUUCUGCACCAAUGUAUUUUAAAGGCGACUUGCAUGAAGUUGAGUUAUCUCCCGAGUUAUUUGGAACAAAGUUUGAUGUUAUUCUUGUUGACCCACCGUGGGAGGAAUAUGUCCAUAGAGCUCCUGGUGUUUCUGAUAGUAUGGAGUAUUGGACAUUUGAAGACAUUAUCAAUCUCAAGAUUGAGGUGACUAUUCUUUACACAUUCUCUUCGGAUAUAUUUUUUGUACUACACUUUGCUUAGCACUAGAUCUACUAG